AUGCCUCCUUGCUCAAAAUUCACUCAGCCAUCCCUCUCAUUGCGCGCUGCCUCACUCGUCUUUUCGCGCUCCAUCACGCUCCCGUGCCGCAAGAUGACAGGCGGACCCUCGACAUACGACGCGCCCGUACACAUCGCCGUGAUAGGCGGCACGGGCAUCCAGUCCCUCCCCGGCUUCACCCUCGCUGCAACGCUGCAAAUUGACACGCCAUGGGGCGAGCCCUCGUCGCCCAUUUCCAUCCUCCACCACCCCUCGCCCACCACCGGCAAGCCUAUCCCCAUCGCCUUCCUCGCGCGCCACGGCCUGCACCACGAGCUGGCACCACAUGAAGUCAAGAACCAGGCCAACAUUGCGGCAUUAAGACACAUUGGCGUGCGGACCAUCAUCGCCUUCUCGGCCGUGGGCUCGCUGCAGGAGGAAAUACGGCCGCGCGACUUCGUGGUGCCGGACCAGAUUAUCGACCGCACGAAGGGCAUCCGGCCCUUUACCUUCUUCGAGGGUGGCAUGGUGGGGCACGUUGGUUUCGGCGAUCCGUUCGAUAACAGCUUGGCCAAGAUUGUGCGCCGCUGCGGGCACGCGCUUGAGGGCGAGGGUGUGCGGCUCCAUGACACGGGCCUGCUGGUCUGCAUGGAAGGGCCGCAGUUCUCAACGCGCGCAGAGUCAAACCUCUACCGCUCGUGGGGCGGAUCAGUCAUCAACAUGUCUGCACUGCCCGAGGCCAAGCUCGCCCGUGAAGCAGAGAUAGGAUACCAGAUGAUUUGCAUGGCCACCGACUACGACUGCUGGCGCGGUGGACCGGACGAGGAUGUCAACGUGGAGAUGGUCAUGGGCCACAUGAAAGCCAAUUCCGAGAAUGCCCGGCGAUUUGUGGGCGCAGUCCUGGAUGAACUCAGCAAAGAGGAACAUGGCGAGCAAGUGCUGGCAAAGCAUCUGGAAGGACAGAUGAAGUUUGCAGGCGCCAUCACCCACAAGCACGCGCGAGGCGAGGCUGAGCAAAAGCUGCAGUGGCUGUUCCCGGGCUACUUUGACUAG